UCCAGCAGGUGGUGGUAAUGCACCUCUAAGCUGGUUUGCCUACCGCCAAUCAACACACGAAGAAAAGGAAGAGGAGGAAGAGGGAAAUCCAAAACAGACCUCUCCUCUCUGAGGUGAAAAAGUGAAGCUGAACUACAAAAGCGGUUGUAAAGUGGACGACAGCUGUUAAAGCGGGAGAAAAGUAAAAUGCAGAAGGCUUCCCGUUUGAAGCGCGAACUUCAGAUGCUGAGCACCGAGCCACCUCCCGGGAUAACAUGCUGGCAGACCGAGGAACAGAUAGACGACCUCCGGGCACAGAUAGUGGGUGGAACAGAGACCCCAUAUGAAGGUGGACUCUUCUCCUUGGAGAUCAAGGUCCCAGAGAGGUACCCAUUCGAGCCUCCCAAAAUGCGGUUCUUGACCCCCAUCUACCACCCAAACAUUGACAAUUCAGGACGCAUCUGCCAUGAUGCCCUCAAACUCCCACCAAAGGGUGCCUGGAAGCCAUCCUUAAACAUCUCUACAGUCCUCACCUCCAUUCAGCUGCUCAUGGCUGAGCCCAAUCCAGAUGACCCACUCAUGGCUGAUAUAUCAUCAGAGUUCAAAUACAACAAACAGCUGUUCACGGAGAAGGCCAGGAAGUGGACACAAGAACAUGCUGUUCAGAAAAACACGGGUGUUGUGGAGGGCGACAAAGAAAAUAUUCCAGAUCAGAAAGCUUCAUCCCGCAAAAGAGAGGCUUUCGGUGCACAACAGGACGCGGACAAGUCAGCUAAGAAAAGCUGCGUGUAGUUUCGAUCUUUCUUGUUCUUCUCCAGAGCCGAUAUGCAUAGAAAGUAUGAUUUAAACAUUUUGAUUUAGUGCUAAUACCUACUUUUCUAUUCCUCUUCUUAAUCCAUAAAUACCCAUAUAUUUAUAUGUAUCAUUUUUAUGUUUAUGUUGUGAUAAUUAAAGUUUAUUUUGAACAUUAAUUGAUCCAA